GCUCCAAUCCAACACCACCUAUUCAGCGAGUUUGAGCAGCUACGGCAGCUACGACGACGACUGCGACGACGACGACGACGCCAGUCAAUGCCAGAGCGCGAAGCGGUCGCGUUGACAUCGGUAGCUGCUCUCCAAUAAUUCUCCAAUACCAUAUAUUAUUCCGAUCCGAUUCGAUUCGAUCAGUUCCGACCGACGGACAGACAGCUAAAAUAUCGGCCAUGCUAAUUGCCGCGCUGUGAUACGAGCGAUUCGGUUCCGAGUAGACGGUAGACGCCAGCGGGCAAACAUCCAUGCGAAAUCGCCGUCCCGCCCAGGUGACACCCACUUUGAUAAGGAGAUAAUUAAAGAGUAAUACAUGUUCCCGAUUUGCCUUUCGUCUGGGCCAUUGCUUUUGCCGGUGUUAAUUAAGCCUUCACACACUUAAGUGUGCCACUUGAAAUGUACGCAUGAGCACUGUCUUAUCGCCAGCCUAUUCGGCCAACGGGGUAGACAAAAGUUAAAAGUGAUCUCACAGAUAACAGCUAUUCGGAAUCGGAAUCGGCAUCGGAUUCAGUAUCAGCAACAACAGCAGCAGCAGCAGCAACAGCAUUUUCCCAUCUGAAGUCACAAUCGCAGUCCAUCGGCAGCAGCUAAAAAAGCAGCAGCAUAUUCAUAAAUAUUCUUUGGCCGCAGCCACAUCGGCGGAUCAACUCCACGCCACUUGCCACUGGCCACUGGCCACUGUCCAUUGAAAGGAAGCCGGUCUUGUGACUGCGACGUGGUGCUGCACAUAAUUGAGCUUAAUGCACAAAUGAGACCAAGGAAUGUGCUUUCAUAAAUCCGUAUUGCACAAGUGACGAAUGCAAUUCCUUCGCUGCCCCACUUGCAUUGUCUGCCAUCGUCGAGAAAUUUCACUUCCGAGUCGCACACCACUACCGUCCCAAGAUGAAGGCGACCAAGAACGGAGGUCAGCUGCUCAUCGCUCCUUCGCCGCAGACCGCUGCCCGCCUGCUGCCCCUGCGCACGUACUCCAACGCCUCCUCGCUGGGCCACCACCACGACAGGAGUACUCUGUCCGACGGCGACGAGGAGGAGGGCGGCCUUGGCUACACCCACACACUGAUGUAUGGUCGCUAUACCAAAGAUCUAGGAGAAUUUGCCAAGGAUGAAGCCAGAAAGCUCAAAAUACUCGAAAAGCGACGAAAGCAGGAAGAUAAGCAAAGGAAUAAGGAACUGCUGGGCAAACACUCGACCCGGGCGAAGCGGGUGUCAUCAUGGAUUUGGAGGCACACGGUGGCCCGGCUGGGCGAGGAUUGGGUCUUCCUGGCGCUGCUGGGCAUCAUUAUGGCCAUGCUCUCGUUCAUCAUGGACAAGGGCAUAUCCAUAUGUACAAACGCGCGAAUUUGGCUGUAUCGCGAUCUGACGUCACAGCCUUUUGUUCAGUACAUCGCAUGGGUCUCACUGCCGGUCUGUUUGAUAUUGUUCUCGGCCGGCUUUGUCCAUCUCAUCGCACCGCAGAGUAUAGGUUCUGGUAUACCCGAAAUGAAGACCAUACUGCGCGGCGUUCAAUUGAAAGAGUAUCUCACAUUUAAGACACUAGUGGCCAAGGUAAUUGGUUUAACGGCAACUCUGGGCAGCGGUAUGCCAUUAGGAAAGGAAGGUCCUUUCGUACAUAUAGCAAGUAUUGUAGCACAAUUAUUAAGUAAACUUGUCACAUCAUUCCAAGGCAUAUAUGAGAAUGAGUCCCGAAACUCUGAAAUGUUGGCGGCAGCCUGUGCCGUCGGUGUGGGCGCCUGUUUUGCCGCUCCAGUCGGUGGUGUGCUCUUCAGCAUAGAGGUCACCACCACGUACUUCGCUGUGCGCAACUACUGGCGCGGAUUCUUCGCCGCUGUGUGUGGCGCCACUGUCUUCCGGCUCCUGGCUGUUUGGUUCCAAAACGCGGACACUGUUCGAGCGCUGUUCCUCACGAACUUCACCACCGAGUUUCCCUUCGAUCCUCAGGAGCUGUUCGUCUUCGCCCUGAUUGGACUCGUAUGCGGAUUGGGUGGCGCCUCAUAUGUGUGGGUCCAUCGGCGAUAUGUCCUCUUUAUGAGAUCCAACAAGCGGAUGAACAAGUUCCUGCAGAAAAAUCGCUUUCUGUAUCCGGGAUUCCUGGCUCUGCUGGUGUCCAGCAUCUCGUUUCCUCUGGGCACUGGACAGUUCCUGGCCGGCGAACUUAGUACCCACGAGCAGGUGACACAGCUGUUCAGCAAUUUCACGUGGUCACGAGACGACCUUACUGUGGAGCAGGCGGCUGUAGUGACCCAUUGGAUGACCAGUUACACCAGCGUCUUCGGCAACCUUGUCAUCUACACCCUCUUUACGUUCGUAGUCUCGAUUAUCGCUUCCACGAUACCAGUUCCGUCGGGCAUGUUCAUUCCGGUUUUCAAGAUCGGUGCUGGCUUUGGUCGACUAGUGGGCGAGUUCAUGGCGGUGACAUUUCCCCACGGCGUCCGGUAUGGCGGUCGACUGUCGCCCAUCAUGCCCGGAGGCUAUGCCGUCGUUGGAGCGGCCGCCUUCUCUGGAUCCGUGACGCACACGGUGUCUGUGGCCGUAAUCAUUUUCGAGAUGACCGGUCAGAUUACGCACGUGGUGCCCGUGAUGAUUGCCGUGCUAGUGGCCAAUGCCGUAGCGGCGCUGCUCCAACCGUCGAUAUACGACAGUAUUAUAUUGAUUAAGAAGCUGCCCUACCUGCCCGAUCUGCUGCCCUCCAGUUCUGGGAUGUACAGCAUAUUCGUGGAGGACUUUAUGGUGAGGGAUGUGAAGUACAUAUGGCACGGCAUCUCCUAUCAGAAGCUCAAAGAAGUCCUCAAGCUGAACAAGACGCUGAGAUCCCUGCCACUGGUGGACAGCCCGGAUAACAUGAUCCUGCUGGGAUCCGUGCAGCGGUACGAGCUGAUCAAAAUGAUCGAGAAGCACAUCGGACGCGAGAAGCGAAUGGAGGUGGCCCAGAAGUGGCAAAAGGAGGCUCAGGAGCGAGCCCUCGAGGAGGAGAAGAAAAAACAGGAGGUGGAGCUAAAGAUGCGGCGUCCAUCGCGAUUCGAGGUUCUUCCGGCUCCGGAUAUUCUCAGUUUACGGCAGAUUGCCAACGACGAAAUGCUGCCGCCCAAGAAAAGGGCGGAAACAAUGCACGGUUCGCUGGCGCCCAGGAAGUCCAUUCUAAAGAAGACCAACUCCUUCAACCUGAAGACCUACGCGCAGCCCAUGGGGCACAGUCCCAGCAUCACGCCCUACACCACGAUCACCGGUAACUCCGAGUUCCGCAUUCGUUCUGCCUUCGAGGCCAUCUUCAAGAAGUCCACCACGCUUCAGGACGUCCAGCCGGAUCCGGAGACGGGCUCUAUCUCCCCGGCCGCAAGUCACCACGAGGUGGAGGUCCCCCGGACUCCCAGUACUCCCGGUGUUUCCAAAAAGGUUCAGCUGCCCAGGGAACGUGUUAUCGACAUGUCACCGGAAGAUCAGAAGCAAUGGGAGCUCGAGGAAAUGUUGAAGCCCAUCGAUCUGCAAAAGGCCAAUGUGCACAUAGAUCCCUCGCCAUUUCAACUGGUGGAACGCACCUCCAUACUCAAGGUCCACUCGCUGUUUUCCAUGGUGGGCAUUAACCACGCCUACGUCACCAAAAUCGGAAGACUUGUGGGCGUUGUGGGACUCAAAGAAUUGCGAAAAGCCAUAGAGGACAUUAAUAGCAAUAGUUUCGUGCCACCCACGCGAGAUGAGGAUGCGGAUGAGAAGCCGGCGGUGGAGAAACCCCUGCUGUCGACGAACUCUAGUGACAAGGCCGUGGACAUGACCGUCACCUCAAUGGACUCGGCGCUAUCCAAUUCCGAGAACUGUUCGGACAUUGAAAUGGAGCACAUAAAGCACACGGAUAAGGGCACAGUAUCGCUCACCAUGCCGCCACAGGAAUCUAAGCAAUGUCCACCGGCGGACUCAAAUAACACAGAAAACGGCAAACAUGCUUGAAACAAGACGAUCGGCAUUCAUAAUAGUUACUAUGAUACGUAUACGUAAUAUGUUUGUAAAGAUCAGCUAAACAACACACCUAUCAUAGUUACGUCUUACACGAGUUAGUCAUCAAUGUUAUUAUGUAUUUAUAUCUCGUUAGUUCAUAAUGUCAAAGAUAUCGUGAUUUAUAUUUAAGUUGAAAAGAAAAUCAAGUCACC